AUGGGAAACUCCCAAACCAAGGAGUCGCGAUCCUCCACACCGCGCCAUCGGAGGGAACAAUGGUCAUCGGGCGCUUCCGAUGCCCCCGGCCGUGCUCCAUACCAGGGACCUCGGUCGGGCAGAAGCAGUCGUCCUGACUUGUCCCUGCUCGGUAUCGGCAGUAGCAGCCAUGAUCGUGACGUGGCGACCCUCGAGCAUCGACGAGAGACCAAACAGGAGCGUGAAGCACGUCGCUUGGAGAAGGAGCGCGUGGCUCGUGUCAAAGAAAGGGAACGCAGCAUGAGAGACGAACAUGUCGAUGGCGGAUAUCUAGUCACACAGGGUGUCUAUGUGGGAACCGAGGACUUCAAUAAGGCAGUGGUUCGGCAGUUGAUGAUCGAGCGCCGACUCGCUCCCUUCUGGAGAGGCUUGAACGACUUCUCUGAAUCAUGGGCCGAGCAUCAGCUAAUGGCCGCAGCUCGGGGGAUGCCUAUCCCUCCAGCGGAUGAGAUUCCUCCCGAGCUAGAAUAUACACCUCCCAAGGCGGCCGAGAGGAAAGAGCGGGUUGAUAUGGCUAGCAUCCAACAUCUCACCGUUCCCAUCACAUCCCGCUCGCAGUCCGACAAUUCAGACAUCUCCCAAACUUCGAAUCCUGCCCAAUCGCUACCAUCGGCCGUAUCUCCGAUUGCGUCAGGAACAUCAGCAUCACCUCUCUUCCGCACACGCGCAAAGACUCUAGCAGCUCUCACCACAUCGAAACAUGGCUCGCAGACCGAUCUCACUCCCCGGGAACUACAGCUUCCACGAGAUCUUUUCGUCAAUGGUCAACCGAUCGAAGUCAACCUCGGCCGGACCCCCCAUAUCCCGGAACAUGGAGAGCCGGACUCAAACGCCCCCGACGCGGCCAAUGACAGUCAAGGAACCGAGCAAGAAGAUGGGCAACUUGUCUCUGAGCCCUCUGCCUGCCCCUUCUGUGUUCAGCCAGAAUUUGGUGUGACUUACGCUUCGCCUUCAUUCCGGCGAGGGCUGACCUAUGCAGCCGACGCCAGUGCCCGCCCUUCUCCCAAUAUCAUCUCUCCAGUAUCCUCUACCUCUUCCCUCGCAUCUGCGACCCUUGCUCCAAUACCUGGUCGCCGUCGUGCAACUUCAUUAUCAACUACGGAUCCCACUGUAGUCACAACAGAUAGAAUCCGUCCAGAUUGGGCCCAGAAAUUGGCCAAUGCUCGAGCACACGCCGCACGUCGUUCUGCGGCUGCAACUGCACUCCAUACCGCAGCCUAUUUGAUGAAUUCGGGUUCGGGUAGCGACUCCCGCGGUCUUGGUCUCGGACGAAGGGGUCUUCGAAGAGCCACCCACGGGGACUCCGGCCGCGACAAGAUCGAACACCUCGAGCUCCAGCUCCGGCUCCGGGCCCCGAUACCGAUUCCAACGAAGAAGGAGCAGGAAAUAUCGCACCCCCCCCGUGACAGCUCAAGGCGCACCCGAAUCGAUGAUCUUGAAGAAAUGAUGAUGAUGGAGGCGAUUCGGCUCAGCUUGGCAAGUGAAGAAGAUCGACGGAAAAGGGAUGAAAAGGAGGUCAGGAAGGAAGCUAAAAGGAGAGAGAAGGAGGCCAAGAAGGCUGAUAAGGUGGCUCGUAAGGCCGGCUUAUACAGUAACAAUACCAGCACUAAUGCCAGCAGUGCGGCAUUACAAGUCCCUGGAGCCGGAGAGACUUCCCUUGGAAGAGUUGCCAGCAGCUCGUCGUCAACUGGAGAAGAGCCAUCCACCACAACAGGCAAGGGCAAGGGCGUUGAAAGGGGGCCUACCUCGGCAUCUGACGAGCAAGACGCAACAGUCUCUUCGAGCGAUCUAUUAGGCACACCUGAGCCAUCCAAACAGUCUCAUCUCCGACACGUUUCAAGUGCAGCUUCGUCGGUCUCAUCUCUCAUGGAAACCACUCCAGAUGACCGGACCCCUGGCCAUGGUACGGCCGAUGGUAGCAACACAUCUUUGGAACCCAUGUUCAACUUCCGCAGUCUAGCCGCUGUCAUUGGUGACGAGGAGAAGGGUAAUGAGUCGGAGCAUGUGGAAGAUGCUUCUCACUAUCACGGAGAGGGUUCUUCAAGCGCGAACCCCUCAUUGCACCAACCCUCGUCCGAUACCGGAAACGUUGAGCCGAUCGAGCCAACCACUGUUCCCAAUCCUCCAGUGGAAGACAAAGAAAAAGAAGGCUCGAAAGAUAUUUCACCCAAGGAGUUGGAGACCCGCUCGGUUGAAAUUACAAACACCCCCACGAACACAGAGACCACUUCAUAA